CCAGAGUCUUUGAAGAAAAAAAAAACCUAAUUAGCUUGUGCUCUUGUUGUUUCGCGAUGGAAGACGGCAAGAUAGGCCCCAAGUUACCGAGUUUCGUCUCCAACUUUCUCAAUUGUUUCGGAGUCUGCAAGAAAAACCUAAUUAGCUUGUGCUCUUGUUGUUUCGCGAUGGAGGAUGAUGAUCCCAAGUUGCCGAUCCCUGGCAAAAGAAAUAUACUAAUCACAAGUGCUCUGCCUUACGUCAACAACGUCCCUCAUCUCGGAAACAUCAUUGGAUUGGAUACUGUCGUCUCCGUGGCUAUAAUGCGAUAUAUAUAUGUGGGACUGAUGAAUAUGGGACUGCUACUGAGACCAAAGCUCUUGAGGAGAAUUGCACCCCAAGAGAAAUCUGUGACAAGUACCAUUCCAUUCAUAAAGAAGUUUAUGACUGGUUUGAUAUUAGUUUUGACUUUUGACCAGUUUGGCCGCACUUCAACUCCACAACAUACACAAGUGUGCCAAGAAAUUUUCAACAAAUUGUGGGAAAACAAGUUGAUUUCAGAGAACACUAUACAGCAGCUUUACUGCGAUACAUGCAACAAGUUCUUAGCUGACCGGCUUGUUGAGGGUUCCUGUCCACUAUGUAAGUACGAUUCUGCUCGUGGAGAUCAGUGCGAAAGCUGUGGAAAGCUCCUGAAUCCUACUGAACUAAUUGCUCCGAGGUGCAAGGUCUGUCAAACCACACCCCAACUUCGCGACACAGACCACCUGUUUAUUGACCUCCCGAAGCUGAAAGCUCAGUUGGAAGCGUAUAUUAACGGGACAUCUGUUCGUGGAUCUUGGAGUAGAAAUGCUUUUCAAACGACAAAUGCAUGGCUUAGGGAAGGGCUUCAACAGAGAUGCAUUACAAGGGAUUUAAAGUGGGGAGUUCCAGUCCCACAUGAGAAAUAUAAGGAUAAAGUCUUCUACGUUUGGUUUAAUGCUCCUAUUGGAUACGUCUCAAUAACGUCAUGCUACACAUCUGAAUGGGAGCAGUGGUGGAAGAAUCCUAAGAAUGUUGAGCUUUAUCAGUUUAUGGGGAAAGACAAUGUGCCAUUUCACACUGUGAUGUUUCCUUCUACCCAGCUUGGAACUGGGGAAAAUUGGACACUGAUGAAGACAGUCAGUGUGACUGAAUAUUUGACAUACCAAGGCGGAAAGUUCUCCAAGAGUAAAGGUGUUGGAUUGUUUGGUAAUGAUGUAAAAGAUACAUAUAUCCCUGUAGAAGUAUGGAGAUACUACUUGCUGAUCAACAGGCCUGAGGUAUCUGACACAUCGUUUGAAUGGGAAGAUUUGCAAGCAAAACUGAAUGACGAGUUGUUGAAAAACCUAGGCAAUUUUGUUAAUCGAGUUGUGAGUUUUAUAGCAAAGCCUGAAAAUGCAGGUUAUGGGUCUAUCAUUCCUGAUGCUCCUGGUGCUGAAUCUCAUCAACUAACGAUGUCACUAAGUGAAAAGGUUGGGAAUUUGGUGGAGGAGUAUGUUGAAGCCAUGGAAAAGGUUAAGCUCAAGCAGGGGCUGAAAACUGCUAUGCUCAUUUCGGGUGAAGGGAACGCAUACUUGCAGACCAGCGAAUUUUGGAAACUUUACAAGGAAGAUAAACCUUCAUGUGCAAUUGUUAUAAGAAGUGCUGCUGGUUUAGUACACCUUCUUGCACGAUUGUUAGAACCUUUCAUGCCAUCUUUUUCUCAUGAGGUAUUCAAACAGCUAAAUUUGCCUCCACAUUUUUCACUCUCCGACGAGAGAGCAGAGGUAUUACAAGCAAGUAGACCAUGGGAGAUUCUGCCUCCAAGCCACAGGAUAGGCACUCCUCGACCAUUGUUCAAGGAACUGAAAGAUGAAGAAGUGCAACAGUACAAAGCAAGAGAAUUCACAGCAAGAAGCGCAUUUAAAACGACAUCGUUUACUAUUUCUUCUUCGAAAGAUUUUUUACCAACAAGAACAAUGGCGGUUUAUCAUCUCCUUCUCUCGAGCCCACCUUCGCUUCUUCUUCUUCCUCCUUCUCCUCGCCGUCCUAACAUCACCUUAAUCCGCCGUAUCCCAGCUCAUCCUCGUCUCGGAAGCUCGACCAACUUGCUUUCUUCUUCGUCACCGAUAAUUCGGAAAAUUCUCGUUCAUAGCACUCUCCGGGAAGACCAACCCGUCGCUUCUGACGCCGAGAGUCCUACUCUACUGAUCGGCGAAGAUUCUGCUGCUUUUGAAUUAGGGAAACAGAAGCUUGUUUCCUGGGUUUAUUUCGGUGUUAUCCUUGGAGUUGUUCUCUUCAUCCUCAAUGUUGUUUGGAUCGAUAAUUCCACCGGUUUCGGAAAAUCAUUCAUCGACACCGUCUCUAACAUCUCCGGCUCACCGGAGGUUGCUAUGUUAAUGCUUAUCCUUAUAUUUGCAAUUGUACAUAGUGGUUUAGCUAGUCUCAGGGAUACAGGAGAGAAACUCAUAGGUGAACGAGCAUUUCGUGUUUUGUUUGCUGGAAUCUCUCUUCCUUUAGCUAUGAGCACCAUUGUUUACUUUAUAAACCAUAGAUACGAUGGCUCACAGUUAUGGCAGCUUCAGGGUGUUCCUGGAGUCCAUGAAGCUAUUUGGGUCGCUAAUUUUGUAUCCUUCUUCUUUCUAUAUCCUUCAACCUUCAAUCUUCUGGAGGUAGCAGCGGUUGACAAACCGAAGAUGCAUCUCUGGGAGACCGGCAUCAUGAGAAUCACUCGGCAUCCUCAGAUGGUUGGACAAAUUGUUUGGUGUGUAGCACACACUCUCUGGAUCGGAAACACAGUAGCUGCAUCGGCUUCUCUCGGUUUGAUUGCACACCAUUUGUUUGGGGCGUGGAAUGGAGACAGGAGAUUAGCUAAAAGAUACGGAGAGGCUUUUGAAAGCAUCAAGAAGAGAACAAGUGUGAUUCCAUUUGCUGCGAUUUUCGAAGGGCGGCAAGUUUUGCCUGAGGAUUACUACAAAGAAUUUGUUCGGUUGCCAUAUCUUGCAAUCACUGCGUUAACGGUUGGGGCAUAUUUUGCUCACCCGCUAAUGCAAGAGCUUCCCUCUAUCUUCUUCGUUGAUGCCAAAUCUGAGCUCAAAUCAGCUUCAAUUAUCAAAUCUCCACGAAUGAUUCCAAUGGAUAAUCACUGCUUGCCAAGUACUAGCACCUCCGGUCUUGUAUUCCCGACCAAUUACGGUGUCAAUGGGAUAAACACUACUUCCGGGUUUCACCCAGCUGUGGAUUCUUCGGGUUCGGUGACUGCAGGAGUCAAACAAGAAGCUGCUUUGGUUAUGGAUUGGUCCGUUGAGGAACAGUAUGUGUUGGAGAACGGCCUUGCAAAAUUAAAAGAUGAACCCAAAAUUUCAAAGUAUGUAAAGAUCGCUGCAACUCUACCGGAUAAAACUGUAAGAGAUGUAGCAUUGAGGUGUAGAUGGAUGACGAGAAAACGAAGGAAAAGAGAAGAUAAUAAUGCCGCUAAGAACAUUAGCAAUAGGAAGGUGGUGGAUACAUCCCCAGAACUGAACAUGCUAUCCAAUGUGCCACAACAAAAUGCUUUAUAUGUCAUGAACAAUAUGUGCCACAGUACACGCAUGCCUUUUGAAGGUUUAAGUGACGCAGUAAUGGAUCUUCUACAGCAAAAUGCUCAAGCUUUUAGUCAGAUUUCUUACAACCUCUCUGCGUGCAAGCUGCAGGAUAACAUCAGUCUCUUUUAUCAGGCAAGAAACAAUAUCAGCGCCAUUUUGACUGACAUGAAGGAGAUGCCUGGUAUCAUGAGUCGAAUGCCAGCUCUACCAGUUUCAAUUAAUGAUGAUCUUGCAAGCAAUUUAUUGUCGAGUACAACACAGCCAAUAUCGUACAACAUUCCAUCAAGCAUCCACCUGAAGCAAGAGCCGAGAAUUUGAUGGGAUUUUGACCGAUGCUAAAGUAAAUAGUACAAGAACCU